UUUGGAUCGUAUCCGCCGGACCUCCAACCCAUCAAAAACAAACGACUGGCCGUUCGACUCGAGCGACUCGAGCUUUCUGCUUGAUGCCAAACUGCGACGUCAUAUCCUCGAGCGCAAACUGAGCCCACCAUGAGCGCCAUCGAGGCCGCUGCGGCCGCCCCCGCCGUUGACGAAGUUAACGGCAGCGAUUCCGAAGACGAUCUUCCUCCUAUGAAAGACGAGCCGCCCUACCCCUAUUUCGUCCUAAAACAAGAUGUCGAGCUCGAGAUCAACUUUCGGGCGAAGCGAAUCCAAGGAAAAUCCCACAUCACGUUUGGCAUGGUUGGAAAUGUCCAGCUUGACGAGUUGGCCAUCGAUGCGCGGCAGUCCGAGAUCGACGUUAAGAACAUCACGAUCACCGCCCUCAAGGAUCAGAACCCCCUGGGCCCACCCAGAAAGGUGCCAGCUACGUACACGGAUCCGUAUAAGUUACUGGACUAUCCGAAAUACUAUGACUGGAACGCCUCGCAUCACGACCUUAGGAAGAUCCGGAUGCGCCCCCUCAUGCACAAUCGAAGGAGCGACGUGCCUGCCGAGAAUAGAGAGCUGGUAGGCUGUACGCCCGCUGAUGGUGCCUUGCGAGUCAGCCUGAGGGAUCUUAAGAAGACCAAGGGAGUUGUCAAGGAGGAACCGGUACCCGGAACGGGAAUCACCAAACGACCGACGCUCAAGAUUCGCGUUUCGAGCGUGACGCCAAACUCUGCAGAGCUCCCCGAAAGCGAACUGACGGGUUCAAGGGAGUAUCGUGUCACGAUACCUUUCAAGACGAAGCUGGUGCGGGAUGGCGUUCAGUUUGUUGGCGUUGAUGCCGGUGAUCUUCGGUACCCGCACGCCUACACCCGACAUUCUAUCGAGCCGGGCACGGCUUCCUGUAUAUUCCCCUGCAUCGAUGACCCCGGCACGCUUCCGACGUGGACCAUGGCUGUCAAAUGUCCAAGGACGCUGGGCGACGCACUUUGGCAACCCCUGGCCACCCAGCACAGGAAUGGAAAUGCAAAUGGCAACCGCGAUCGCGGGGCAAACCAGUCCAAGGCUGACAGAGACUUCGCUCUUACCGAGGAAGACAAGCUUCUAGAGAUGACAGUCGUGUGCUCUGGCAUUCUGUCAGACGAGAUUGUCGAUCCUGAGGACGAGCAAAAGAAGAUUAUGACUUUUGAGAUGGAGAAGCGGGUUGCCGUGCAGAAAAUUGGCUUUGCGGUCGGUCCAUUCGAGCACGUCGACUUAUUCUCAGACUUCCGCACAGAAGAAAAUGACGAGAAACUCGGCGCCAGUGCCCUCAAGAUCCACGGCUACUGCCUCCCCGGGAGAGCUGCAGAGGUCCAGAACACGUGUGCAGCGCUCGCCGCGGCCGCCGACUUCUUCACCCUCACAUUUGCUCGAUAUCCAUUUGACAACUACAAGAUGUGCUUUCUCGAUGACAUGGUGGACGAUACGGUAUCUCUCCAAUCACUCUCCUUCGUCAGCACCCGCCUGUUGUUCCCCGAGGACAUCAUCGACCUAGAGGUAGACGUCACGAGGCAGUUGGUGUACAGCCUGGCCUCGCAAUGGAGUGGGAUCAACCUUUUCCCCAAUACACGCAGAGAUCUCUGGGUCGUCAUCGGCAUCGCCUACUACAUGACCGACCUUUUCCUGAAGAAGCUGUGCGGCAACAACGACUACAGGUUCAGGAUGAAGACAAUGUCAGACAAGCUGGUGACCGUUGACAUCAAGCGGCCGUCUCUGCACGAGCUUGGCCAUCUCCUGCACAUUGGAGAUUUCGAGAUGGAAUUUAUGGCCCUCAAGGCGCCCUUGGUGCUCUUCAUUCUCGACAAGCGGUUGAUGAAAGCACCCGCCCAGACCAACCUCACGCGCAUCAUUUCCCGGAUUCUCUACAAGGCCAAUAUCGGAGACAGGCAGAGCGAAUGGAUUAUCAACACGGAGUCGUUCCAGAGGGUUUGCGAAAAGAACGCCAGGAACAAACUUGAGGCUUUCUGGAACCAAUGGGUGUAUGGCUCGGGCUGCCCCAGGUUCGACGUUUUCCAACGAUUCAACAAGAAACGACUCUGCGUCGAGAUGACAAUUAGGCAAGUUCAGGACAAAGCCAUGAGUGAAGCUGAGCUCCUGAAGAAGUCGGAAUUUCUUCGCGCCAUCAAGGAAAAGGCCCACGGCGUCAAGACAGACGAAAAGGCCGGCCUAUUUACAGGCCCCAUGACGAUUAGAAUUCACGAAGCCGACGGAACCCCCUACGAGCACAUCGUAGAAAUUCGCGAGGAUGCUGCAAAGGCCGCUAAGUUCGAGAUCCCUUACAACACCAAGUACAAGCGAUUGAAGAGAAAGAGGCGAGCUACGGAAAAGCUCAGCGCGCAGUCUGCCGCUGACCCUGACAAUAACGAAGAUGCACUCUUGUAUUGCCUAGGUGACGUUCUGACCAACCCCGAAGAUAUGAGGAAGUGGGACUUUUCCGAAUGGGAGCCCGAAAUCGAGAAGGCCAUGGAUCAAGAGUCGUACGAGUGGAUUCGCAUGGACGCCGACUUUGAAUGGGCCUGCGAGAUGAAGACAAAUCUCCAGAGUUACAUGUACGUGUCCCAGCUCCAGCAAGAUAGGGAUGUCGUGGCGCAGCAGGAUUCGAUGCUGUAUCUCAAGAAGAGUCCGCCCCAUCCGCUGGUAUCGACGUUCCUUACCAGAACUCUUGUCGACCGGCGAUACUUCCACGGCAUCAGGACAAUGGCUGCAGAGAUGCUAUAUCACCACGCCGCGGAUAAGGUCUCGAUGGCUGGUAUGACCCAUCUGCUAAAAGCCUUCACCGAGAUGUUUUGCUACCCCGAUACCUCUAUGCCUCGGCCAAACGACUUUUCCGACAAGAAGCAGUACACCGUGCAGGGCGCGCUGCCCAUGGCCAUUGCAAAGAUUCGCGAUGCUAGCGGCAGAUGUCCCGAGGCCGCACGACGCUUCCUCCUGAACCAAGUUCAAUUCAACAACAAUGCUAAUAACCCGUACUCGGACCAUUUCUACGUUGCCAAGCUUCUAGAGGCUCUCGCCCAUAGCUUGGUUCCAGAGAAGCGGCGGGAGUCCGAUGACGCCAUGGAUGUGGACAUGUCCGCCGAAGAGAAAGGCUUUCUCAAGGAGGCUAUUGUUGAGAUUGAUCGCUUCCGCAGGAUGGACGAAUGGGCCAACUCUUACCAGAACAUCUGGACAACCACCGCGCUGGAGUGCAGACGCAAGCUCAUGAAAGCUGGGGUUAUUCCCAAAAGUGCUGUGGCCUUUGUCCAGUACUUACAGGACGACACGUGCGACUUGGUUCGACUCAAGGCUUUUGAGGCUCUAGUGGAUCUGGGUUAUUUGAUGGAUCUGCCUGUCUUCCGUCUGAUUCUUUCCGUUAUGAGCACUGACCGGUCUCCAUUCGUACGGGAUAAGCUCGUCAAGAUCUUCUGUACAGGUCUGGCUAGUCUCGCCUUUGGAGAGCAGUCAAAGGCCAAGGUCGCGCCUGCUGUUCCCGACGGCGGACUCAUGAUCGUGGACAACACCGAGGCAGAGACGCAGAAGAGGCGGAAAGAAUUUGCACGAAAGCAGGAUAUCAACGUCGCACUCGAGGCUCUGAGGACAGAAAUGGAAGAGCAAUUUACAGAGCAAGAAGCCGCACUGGAGCGUGCGUUCUGGAAAGCUAUCAAUUCCAACCUGAUCGGGCGUUCCGAAAAGAUCACGCUGCUGGAGCUUUGCGGCACCGUAGUCGACGCUGCUGACCGAUGGACGAUUACCCUGAAGUACCCUAAGCGAUGGAAGGUCAAUCGUCCUGUCCAGCGUCAGCCUGGCAGAAACAUCAUCAACUUCAAGGCUUUCUUCAAGACGGGCAUACCGCAAAAGAUCGAAGAGACCGAGCCGCCAGCACCAGUUUCGGCACCAGUCCCUGCACCCACGCCUGCUCCUGUGGUUGCACCAUCUCGGCCGCCCGAACCGAAACGACUUAUCGUCAAUAUGAAGAGCGGCGUCGCCAGACCCAGCAAGCCUACGGUAUCCCUUCCACGCCCUGCGUCCACGGCUCCUCGCCCUGCGUCCACGGCUCCUCGCCCAUCGCCGGUCUCUGCCACACAGUCCCCCGUACCGAGUGCGGCACCAUCGCCCGUUCCGCGGGAAGCAGACUCUAUCGUCGCGCACUCGAAUGCCAAGGCGUCUACUCCGAAGCCGUCGUUCUCAAAGCUCCCCGGGUCCAGACCGCCGAGUGUGAAGCCCGGUAUCGUCAAGGCAGGUAUCGCCAAGUCUGUGGUGUCUUCGGCGUCAUCGUCGUCGUCCAUGCAGCCAAAUGGCCGCUCUACUCCUCAACCCACGCCUGAGCCCGGCAGCAGCAAAUCGCAGAAGCGACCUCGGCCCGACAAGGUCCCAGGAGUUGAUGAGGCAUCGCCAGCUCUCAAGAAGGCGAAGCUGACUGUCCGGCCUGAUGGCACUGUGGUUAAGAAGCGCAGGAUGUUUAAGUUCCGGCACCCCAACCUCAAGAGGAUCCUGAAGAAGGCCGGCGUCAAAAGUCAGAUGCCCUACAGAGAUCCGUCAAAGAUUCGGAGAACAGGAACACCAAUGAGUGUUCGUGCCUCUCCCGCUGGAUCACCGGCUCCUCCCCCAUCUGAGAGCAUCAACGCGAAGCCGGCUCGCAAACCUCUUCCCGGCGCACCGUCCGCAGGUAGUCCUCCACCAGCCCCAGCCUCACUACCGCCAAAGCCUCCGCCGCAAGCAUCGCCACCCCCUCUUGAGGGCCAGUCCGCUCCGAAGAAGGUGAAGCUUGUCAUCAAGAAGCCUUCCAGUUCACUACCCAAAUAAACAACCUCGAGCCGCUCAUUCAUGAGUCAAGGCGGGAAAUAUGGGUGAACAGCAAAAUAUUCAUGCCCAUGCGUCUCUAGGCCCUCGCAAAUUGCUUUCUUUCAUCCAUCUUCACGGUCAUUGUAUCAUGCUUCCGAAACAGGAUUGCGUGAAUUCACAUUAUUUUUCAGGCGUUCUUUUAGGGCUUGAGACAGCGGAGGCUAGGCGGA